AUGGAAGGAGGAGUUUUCUCUGCUCAGAGUCAGAAGCCUACUUAUCUUCUUCUUCUCCUUCAUAUUUUCCUGCUUGCUUUGCUUCCAUUCAAGGCCAUUUCAUCACCAAAGACACAGGCAGAAGCUUUGCUAACUUGGAAGAACACCUUUGCUUCUGCACCACCUUCUCUCACUUCAUGGUCCCUCACUGACCUCAACAAUAUUUGUAACUGGACUGCCAUUGUUUGUGACCACAGCACCAAACAAGUUUCCCAAAUUGACCUCUCCAACUUCAACAUCGAUGCAACACUAACCCAUUUCAACUUCACCCCAUUUCUCAAUCUCACCCAAUUCAACCUCAAUGGCAACAAUUUCACAGGGCCUGUGCCAUCUGCCAUUGGCAAACUCUCCAAGCUCACAACUUUGGACUUGGGCAACAACUUUUUCGAUCAAGAAAUACCUGUGGAGAUAAGCAAGUUAACAGAGCUCAAGUAUCUGAGUUUCUUCAACAACACUCUCACUCGUGUAAUUCCCUAUCAGCUCAGCAAUCUCCAAAAGGUACAGUUUUUGAUUCUUGGAGGAAACUACUUCUUAGAAACUCCUGACUGGUCCAAAUUUUCAGGCAUGCCUUCUUUGACGUACCUUGAUUUUUAUCUAAACUUUCUUGAUUCAGAAUUCCCAGAAUUUAUAUCUAAAUGUUUGAACUUGACAUUCCUUGACUUGUCUCGAAAUUCCUUUACUGGCCAAAUACCACAACAAGUAUUUACCAAUCUGAGCAAGCUUGAAUAUCUCAAUCUCACAAUCAACGACUUCGAAGGACCACUGCCAUCAAACUUUCCCAAGCUUAAACACCUUCAUUUAGCACAAAACAACUUCGGCGGUCCAAUUCCUAAAGAUAUUGGUUUGAUAUCUGGUCUUCAAAUUAUUGACUUGUCUUGGAAUUCCCUUGAAGGGCCAAUUCCAUCCUCCAUAGGCCAACUCAGGGAGCUUAAAUACCUUGAUCUUAGAGAUAAUUCCUUAAACUCUUCAACCCCUUUUGAGCGUGGUCUUUGUACCAACCUCACCUACUUGGACCUGACUUCCAAUCACCUUAAAGGGAAAAUUCCACCUUCUAUAGGCCAACUGAGGGAACUUCAGUACCUUGAUCUUCACACGAAUUCCUUAGACUCUUCAAUCGCAUCUGAGCUUGGUCUUUGUACCAACCUCGCCUUCUUGGGCCUGGCUGUCAAUGAACUCAAUGGGGAACUGCCUCUGUCCUUGUCCAAUCUGAACAACAUCUCCCAUCUGAGUUUAUGGGCUAAUCGGUUUACCGGUCCACUCUUGCCUUCUCUCCAAUUGGACCGAAGUGGUCUCUUUGAAACUUCAAAACAACAGCUUUAG